GAGUCGGUUACCCUAAGAGAUAAAUUGUGUGCGGUACAAUAGGGAGAGCCGGGUACGACGCUGUCCUUUACUAUUCUGUACAGGGGACAGUUUGGGAAAUCUGGUUCCUAAGCCCAUUAGAGCACCUUAAUUGAAAAGUGAAAUUAAAAAGCCAAAAAUAUGCCGGCAAAUAAAGAUGGAGACGGUGGAUGGAAGAGCUUUCUGUGGAAUUCGGAAAGGAAGGAAUUUCUAGGACGCACGGGUGGCAGUUGGUUUAAAAUCUUGUUGUUCUACCUGAUCUUCUAUGGAUGCUUGGCUGGGAUUUUCAUUGGGACCAUCCAGGCCCUGCUGCUAACCCUUAGUAACUACAAACCCACCUACCAGGACAGAGUCGCCCCACCAGGUCUAUCCCACACCCCACGCUCUGAGAAGUUUGAGAUCUCUUACAAUGUCAACGAUGUGGAGACGUAUCUGAAGUACACCAAGAGCAUCAAGGACUUCCUGGAGAUGUACGAUGAGGAGAGGCAGACCGACCAGAACAAGUACGAAGACUGUGGAGAAUUACCUGAAUCGUACAGGGACCGUGGUGAGCUGGAGAGUGACCUUGGAGCGAGGAAGGCCUGCAGGUUCAAGCGGACCUGGCUGGGACCCUGUGCUGGUCUGGAUGGUCAGGACGAAAACUUUGGCUUCAAGGAUGGGAAACCGUGUCUGAUCGCCAAGCUCAACAGGAUCAUCAACUUCCGACCAAGGCCUCCAACCAACAGUGCUUCUGUCCCUGAAGCCGGCCAGAGCAGAGUCCAGACCAACGUUAUCCCCAUCCACUGUCAGAACAAGAGAGAGGAGGAUGCCAGCAAGAUUGGUGAGAUCAAGUACUACGGCAUGGGCAUGGGGUUCCCCCUCCAGUACUACCCCUACUAUGGCAAGCUGCUGCACCCCAAUUACCUACAGCCUCUGGUGGCCAUCCAGUUUACCAGCCUCACCUUCAACGAGGAGCUGCGUCUCGAGUGCAAAGUGUACGGAGCGAACAUUGACUACAGCGAGAAAGAUCGCUACCAAGGACGCUUUGACGUUAAGUUCACCAUCACCAAUUCAUGACCUCAGCUAUGAAAAUAGCACUUUUUCUCUGCCCCUAUUUCAAAACAAGUUGAUUUAAGAGAAAUAAAGAAAAAUAGUUCAAUUAAAACAUGACUUGUCUUGGAACAAACUUUCAGAAUAUACGGGACCUACAGUUAAUCUGUCCGGCUUUUCUGCAUAAUGUCUAGGGUUAUAAUGUACAUUACACCCGCUUUUCUGCAUAAUGUCUAGGGUUAUAAUGUACAUUACACCGGCUUUUCUGCAUAAUGUCUAGGGUUAUAAUGUACAUUACACCCGCUUUUCUGCAUAAUGUCUAGGGUUAUAAUGUACAUUACACCCGCUUUUCUGCAUAAUGUCUAGGGUUAUAAUGUACAUUACACCCGCUUUUCUGCAUAAUGUCUAGGGUUAUAAUGUACAUUACACCCGCUUUUCUGCAUAAUGUCUAGGGUUAUAAUGUACAUUACACUGGCUUUUCUGCAUAAUGUCUAGGGUUAUAAUGUACAUUACACCAGCUUUUCUGCAUAAUGUGUAGGGUUAUAAUGUACAUUACACUGGCUUUUCUGCAUAAUGUCUAGGGUUAUAAUGUACAUUACACCAGCUUUUCUGCAUAAUGUCUAGGGUUAUAAUGUACAUUACACUGGCUUUUCUGCAUAAUGUCUAGGGUUAUAAUGUACAUUACACCCGCUUUUCUGCAUAAUGUCUAGGGUUAUAAUGUACAUCACACUGGCUUUUCUGCAUAAUGUCUAGGGUUAUAAUGUACUUUACAGGAAGAGUAGCAACAUAUUUAUUCUACUGUAAAUGAGCCAUGGGACAUUCAUCUUUUACUGUAAAUAGCAAUUCUACUACUGUUAUGUAGCGAGCAGUGUUUCUGUCUGUCCCCCUAAGUAUUCUGCCUAACGUGGUUUCUAUAUAUGUUUGGAGUGUCCAGUACACUAGUGGUAUACAGUGGUCCUUUCCAAGCCAUGUUGUAAUUUCUCUAGUCUAUUGUCAGUAGCCUUUAGUGGUCCAAGGUGUGUGUGUGUGUUAAAUGUGUUCGUUUUUUAAAAUGUGAGUGUGUGAAUGUGUGCUAAUGUACUCUUACUAAAUGAAAUGACUGGCAUGGUACGCUCUAAUCUCUCUCUAGGUCUGAGUGUGAGUGAUCUCUCUCUAGGUCUGAGUGUGAGUGAUCUCUCUCUAGGUCUGAGUGUGAGUGAUCUCUCUA